GGGUGCCUUCUUCCUCCCGAGGGACGCACGGACAGCUCGCCCGGCUCCCGCAACCGCCUCGCAGAUGUUUGCCAGGACUAAUAUAGCUGAUGAAGUACCUGCCUUUUUCUGCUCAAGAGGCUGGUUUUAAUUGAUUUGGUUUCCUCAUAAGUGUGGGAAGUCAAAAAGUCAAAGUUUCUCAUAAUAAAAAGUAAUAGUUUGAGUGUUCAACGACAAUACCUUUUGACUUUGGUUAUUCAACAUGCAGAACAGACAAGGAUAUUGCAGCUUUUGCUGUGUGCGCUAUAAUAAUCUGGAACAGCAUAUGUCCAGUCCUCAGCACAGAUACUUGACCUCACAGAAUAGACAACGGAUGGGUUCCAGCAGUUUGAUGGAACGUUUCUUGCAGGAUGUACUGCGGCACCACCCAUAUCAUUAUCAAGAAAGCAGAUCAAGACAAAAUGAGAGACUUCUUAGGAAUAAUGCAUCAUCUUCUGAAGUGGUUCCUAUAGAUGAUUCUGUUUCUGAAGAAAUGGCUGAUGAUACUACCGGAGUCAGAGGAGAGAGAGCCACCAAAAGUUCUGAACCUAUUGAAGAAUUGUAUUCUAGACCUAGUAAAUCUCAGGAAUGUAUACAGGGUGUUCCAAUUCGACCAUCAGUUAUUCAAAAAUUGGAGAAGGGGCAGCAGCAGCCCUUGGAGUUUGUUUAUAAAAUUGGGAGUGGCCUGAGAGAAUUUAAUCCAGUAGGUAUUGGUCAAGCUACAAAUAAUGGACAAAAAUUAAUAUAUCCCUCAGUGAUUUCUACAGCUCCUGCUAGUCGUUUACCUGAAAGUUCUUGUGAUCGAUCAUGUACAAGUAACAAUACUAGGUUACCACUAGCAGCCCAUUUGGAUUCAGUUAGCAAAUGUGACCCAAACAAAGUUGACAGAUACCUUGACCAGCAAGACAGGGGCCCUAGAAAUCCUAUGUUCUCAUCCCAUCUAGAAACUUCUUCAGUUUUAUAUCAGAAACCUAAAGAAUCAAAUAGGAAGUCUGUAUGUAUAAAUUUAGAUAAAUUGAUUUCGCAGGAAGAUGUAAAAUCUCGGGGUAAGACUUUGUCAACUGGCUUUAAAGCUCAUGCUUUUAUGGGUACUGAAGGCUCCUUAAAAUGUGAAUCUCUUUCCAAAUUAGCAGCAAACCCAGCAAUCAACCUGAAUAAAACUGAUAUACCUUCUAAUAAAAGAAUCUUUGAAUAUGCCAUUCCAAAGCACCAUGAGAAAUUGUUUUCUAAUAUGGAUCGUACCCAAGAAGAAAAGCAUGUGGUUUUUAACAAGUCAGUCUUAUUGGGACAGAGGAGCUCAGUGAGUUCUAAAAUGGAGUAUGCUUGUGGUUCUCCUCAGUCAGUGUCUGAUCAACCUGAAGAGGCUGUACAAGACCUUUGGAGUGAGGAGAGAAUUGACCAAGAAGAUAAGGCCUAUGAAUCAAGAGGUUCUGAAAUGAGUUUUGAUUGCAGUUCCUCUUUUUAUUUACUAACUGACCAAUCUAAAGUGACUGCUAAAGAAGUAAACCCUUCAAAGGAAGUACAUGCUGAUUUGCAGCAUAAGAGUAAUAAAUCUUGUGUUUCUGAAGUUAAUUCUGAUCGUGAUGGCCCUCUUCAGUUGGCUACCAACCGAACCCAAGUAAUUGUUAAAGGUAUUAGUGUUCAGAAGGCAGUGCCUAUUCGCCUGGUUGAUGAAAGCUAUGAUUCUAGUGAUUCUGAGAUGAAUUUUGAUUGUGAUACCUCACUUCAGUCAACUGAUGAUUCCCCACAUCAGCCUGCAAAAGAAGUAGACCUUCCUAAGGAGGCACACAUUGACUUGGUGGAUAAGAACUAUGGAUCUAGUAGCUCUGAAAUAAGUGCUGAUUCUGUUUUACCACUUCAGUCAGUGACUGACCGACUCCCAUUGGCUGUCACUGAAACAGAACUUCAGAAGAAGGUUCCAGUUGGCUUGGUUGAUAUGAACUAUGGAUCGAGUUGUUCUGAAACAAGUUUUGAUUGUGAUGUUUCUCUUCAGUCAGUAAUUGUCCAUCCCCAACUGGCUAACAAAGAAAGAAAUCUAAAGGAUAGGCAUGUCUACCUGAAAGAUAACCACAAAUCCAGUAGUGCUAAAGCACAUCUUGAUUGUGGUAUCUCUCUUGAGACAGUGACUGAUGAACCUCAGAGGGCCGUUGAAGAAAUAAAUGUUCUGAAAGAGAAGAAUGACCUCGUGGAUAUGAACUGUGAAUAUUAUGGUCCUGAAGUGAGUUUUCACUCUGAUGGUCAGUUAGUGGCUGACCAACCCCAAGUAGCAGUUCAGGAAGUAAAUCCUCAAGAAGUAGUUAUUGACCUGCAGAAUAAGAGUGCUAAAUCUAGCGUUUCUGAUCUAAGUUUUAAUUCUCAUGCUUCUCUUUAUCAGUCAGCUAAUGAACAACCUCAUGGAGCUCUGGGUGAAAUAAAUGCGAAAGAAUUAAAUGUCGACAUGGAAGUUAAGAGCUAUGGAUGCUCCAGUUCUGAAUUGACUUUUGAGUCUGAUCCCCCUCUUCUGUCAGUUACUGAGCAUUCUCAGCUGGAUGUUGAAGAAAUAAGAAAAAGGCACAUUAACUUGGAAGGUGAGAGCUCUGGGUCAAAUAGUUCUGAAAUAACUUUUGAUUCUGAUAUUCCUCUUUGUUCAAUAGCUGACCAAUCACAAGUAGCUGAGGAGGAACGUAUUGAUCAGGAAUAUAAAAGUAAUGAAUCUUGUGUUUCUGAAACAACUUUUGAUUCUGAUAUACCUCUUCCUUCAGGGACUGAUCAACCUGAAGUAGCUGUUAAAGAAAUGAUCAUUCAGAAAGAAGACUGUGCACACUUAGGAAGGAAGAAUGAUGAAACCAAUGGUUCUGAAAUAAGUUUGGAUUCUUAUGUCCCUCCUCUUUCAGUGACAAAUUCUCCUGGAGUACUUGUUAAAAGGCUAAAUCUUCGAAAAGAAGAACAGGAACACUUUGAAAGUAAGGAAAAUGAACCUAAUGGCUCUGAAUUAAGUCUGAAUUAUGAUAGUUUUCAUUCAGUAAUUGGACAUUCUGAAGAUCCCGUUAAAGAAGUAAACCAGAAAGAAGAGCAUGUGCAGUUAGAAAACGAGAAUAAUGGACCUAAUGUUCCUGAAAUCACUUUGAAAUCUUAUAUAUCUCAUUUAGUGACUGAUUAUCCUGACAGAGCUGUGAAAGAAGUAACCCAUCAGGAAGAAGAACGUGUAAACCUACAAGAUAAGGGUAAUGAAGUAAGUGUUUCGGAAACAAGUUUGGAUUUUGGUAUCCCUGUUCAGUCAGUGAUUCAAAGAACUGAUGUAGUUCUUAAAGAAAUAUGGCUUCAAAAAGAAAAGCAUGCUCAAUUCAAAGGUAAAAGCACUGAAUUUAGUGGUUCUGAAAUAAAUUUAGAUUCUGAUGUUUCUCAUUAUUCAGUGACUGAACCUCAAGUAGUUGUUAAAGAAAUAAGUGUUCAGAAAGAAGAUUGUGUUUUAGAAAACAAGAGUGAUAAGUAUAGUGGUUCUGAAAUAAUUUUGGAUUCUGAUGUCCUUCCUCAGUUGAUGACUGAAAAACCUCAAAUAGCUGUUUUGAAGGAGGGCCAUGUUGACCCAGAAGAAGAAAGUACUGAAUCUAGAGGUUUUGAAAUAAAUUUGGAUAUUGGUCCCCCUCGUCAUUCAGUCAUUGAGCAAUCUCAGCUAACCCUUUCAAAGGAAAAACAUGUUGAUCUGGAAGACACAAGCAGUGAAUCUAGUGAUUGUAAAGGGAAUUUUGAUUCUGAUGACCCUCUUCAGCCAUUGACUGAACAAUUUCAGGAAGUGAUUAAAAAAACAAACCUGUGGAAGGUAGAGGAUAUUGGCCUAGAAAAUAAAGUUGAUAAACCUAAUGGUUCUAAAUUAAUACAGGAUUCUGAUGUUUCUCCUCAGUCUGUGCCUGAUCAACCGGAAGCAUCUGUUAAACAAAUAAGCCUUGAGAAUGAAGGUCAUGUGUAUAUGGAAGAUAAUAACAGCCACUAUAGUAGUUCUGAAAUGAGUUUGGAUUCUGAUUUCUUGGUUCAGUCAACAGUUGAUCAAUCUCAAAUAACUAUUUUGGAGAAGGAGCGUAUUGAGCUAGAAGAUAAGCACAAUAAAUCUUGUGGUUCUGAAAUAAGUUUUGAUUCUGAUGACCCUCUUCAGUCAGUGGCUGACCAGCUUAGGGAAACUGUUAAAGAAAUAAGCCUUUGGAAGGAUGAAGUUGACGUGGAAGAGAAGGAUAAAUCUAAGGGUUAUGAAAUUAUGUAUGGUUCUAAUGCCCUUUUUCAGUCAGUGGCUGGCCAAACUGAGGAAAUUGUUAAGGAGAUCAACCUUUGGAAGAAGCCUGUAGACUUGGAAGGUAAGAUUGUUGACCCUAGUGCUCCUAAAGUAAAUUUUGACUCUGAUGAACCUUUUCGUUCUGUGGCUAAUGAAAUUCAAGAGGCUACUACAGAAAUAAAUCUUCUGAGGGAGGGACAUGUUUGUCUGCAUGAUAAGGUCUAUGAACCCAGUGAAUCUGAGGUAAUUUAUGUUGCAAAUGUCCCUCUUCAGUCAGCGGUUGAGCAGCCACACAUUUUAGAAGAGGAACAUGACAAUUUGGAAGAUAAGGGCAAUGGGCUUUGUGGUCCUGAAAUAAGUUUUGCUUCUGAUGAUCCCCUUCAGUCUGUGACUGACCAGCUGGAAAAAGCAGUUAAAGUAAGUCUUUGGAAAGAGGACUGUAUUUACCUGGGAGAUAAGAGCUACAAACUAGGUGAUUUUGAAGUACGUUGUGAUUCUGAUGCUCCUGUUCAGUUAGUGAUUGAUCAGUCUCCUGUGGCGGUCAAACAAAUAAACUUGCAGAAGAAGGAUCAUAAUGACCUAGAAAAUAAGAACUGUGAACCUAGUGUUUCAGAAAUAAAAUGUGAUUCUGGUAUUCAUUUUCAAUUAGAAGUUGACCAACCUCAAAUGGUUUGCAAAGAAAUGAAUCUUCAGAGGGUAGCGCAUCUUGGCAUGGAAGAAAAGACUAGUGAUUCUGAAGUAAUGUCUGAUUCUGAUGUCCCCCUUCAAAUAGUAGUUAAUGAAUUUCAAGUGUCAGUCAAAGAAGCAAAUCUUCAAAAGAUGCUGCUUGUGGACCUGGUGACCGGUGACAGUGAUUGCGAAAUGAUUUCUGAUUCUGAUAUCCAAUGUCAGCCAGUGAUUGACUCACCUCAAAUGACUGUUGAAGGAAUUGACUGUAUAAAUGCAAAAAGUUUUGACUUAGAAGGUGAGUGUUGUGACUGUUAUGAUUCUGAACUAGGAUAUGUUUGCGAAGCCUCUCCUCAGUCAGUGUCAAACCAAUCCAGAAAAACUUUCAAAGUAGUAAACCAGAAGAAAGACUAUAUUAUUCUGGAAGAGUCAGGCUGUGAGUCUUAUGGUUCUGAUAUAAAUUUUCAAAUUGAUGCCUCUCAUCAGUCCACGACUUACCAAUCACCAGGAUCUGAUAAAAAAAUGGCAAAAUAUCUUGACCCAGAAGAUAAGAGCUGUGAAUCUAAUAGUCUUAAAAGAAAUUAUAAAUGGAAAGACACUUCUCAGCCAGUGACUCAAUUGCAGAAAGAUGACAGUGAAGACAACUUUUGGAAAGAUCCGGAAACUAUUGGUGUAAAAGAAAAGAGCUGUGAAUGUAGUGUUUCUGCCAUAGAUUGUAAUGCUGCUUCUGAGUCAGAGAUCCUUCAGGUGGCUGAAGAAGAUAAUCUUUUGAAGUUAGAGCAUAGAGAUGUAGAAAGUAUGAGCUCUGAACCUUGUGGUUCAGGAGUGAAUUUUCAACGUGAUCCCUCUCUUCAGUCUGACACUGACCAGCCUCAAGAAGGUGUUAAUAAACCAGACUUAUUUAAGAAGGCAUCUUUUGACAUCAAAGAUGUAAACCAUAAUUCCCAUUCAAGCUCUGCUCCAAAGGUUGAAUCGGUAAGGAAACUGAAAAAAGCAAAGGGGUUCAUAGAAGAUAGUACUGAUGAACCUGUUCUUGAAGCCUUGCCUCAUGUCCCUCCUUCAUUUGUGGGGAAAACAUGGUCUCAGAUAAUGAGAGAAGAUGACAUGAAAAUUAACGCUCUUGUGAAAGAAUUUAAGGAAGGUCGUUUCCACUGUUACUUUGAUGAUGACUCUGAGACCAGGAAAGUAAAAAAAAAAAAUUUGAAUGAAGAAAAAAAGAUUACCUCGGCUGACCUUAAUGACACUGCAUUCAUUCAAGUUCUAUUAGACUGUGAUUACAACAUUGAUGACUUUUCAGUAGCCUUAGAUAAACCUAGCCAUCAUCCUACAGAAAAGAGGCCUUAUGAACAAACGUGGCGAGUGGCUUCUAGAUGCCAGGCUGUAAAAGUCAGCCAUGGAACUCAAACCAAUCUCAUGAGUUACCUAGUGACAAAAGGAAUAAGUGGACAAGAGGAAGACUCGCCAACACUGAAGCGUUUACUUUUACACAAUGAUAGAAAACCAAAAAAGAAAAUCGAAAUUGGAACAGUUGAAUUUCUUGAAUCAUAUACUAACAUUUUGAAGCCUUUGCACCCCAAUGCCUUAGUCUAUGUUCUUUCUUCAAAUAUUAAGCUGAAGGAAGGUGAAUCCUUCAACUUCUCUAAAAUAAGGCGCCGUAGUGACAAAAACAAUCAGGACUUUAGCAUACAGUACAAGUAUAAACCAAGUUCCUUUAAUUAUGACCCAUUGAAUAAACAAAUUGUUAUUAAUCCUCCUCUGAAUGUAGAAGUUCCAGAGUCAGACAGGAAUAACUGGGUUCAAAUUCAUUUUAGUGACCUAAACUCCAGUGUAGGAGACGACGAUGCUCAUGUACAAAGCUCAACUUUAGCACCUUUUAUGACCUUGUCGGUAAGACAUGAAUUAGUAUCACACGAGGGGGCCAGUGGGUCUUCUGUGUUUCUGGCAGAAUCAGAUAUCUUGAAUUCUAGUGAAGUUCCGAAGAAAAGUAAUUUCCAGUUGACUCUCUUAAACGGUGAUGCUGCCAAAAUCUCGCCAAAAUCAGUGAGAAAUAAGUCUUUAAAAAGUAAAAAGAAAGUUCAGAGAAGGAAGGUGACAACUAAUAAUAAGCCAGGUUUACUCAAAAAGGUUUACAGACCAGUUCUCCAGCAGAAAACCAGAAUCACAUCAGAAAAACAGUCAAUUUGGAUUCGGACCAAACUAAGUGAUAUAAUUAGAAAGUAUAUUUCAAAAUACUCUGUUUUUUUGCGUCGCAAAUACCAGUCCAGGAGGGCUUUUUUUGGAAUGCACCCUAAGAAGAAAAAAUCUGUUGUCAGUAGACUAAAGAAGGUGAAGAGACCAGCCAAAAUGCUUUCAAACUCAGCCCCAUCAGCUGGUGCUCAAGAGCAGUUAAGAGCUAUAAAGAACUCUUUUCCCAAGCAACCUGUGCAGGACUCUUCCAACAUUGUAGUAACUAAGAGGAAUGGUAAUAAAAAACUCCCCAGAAAAAAACAAAGAAAGCGUCCUAAACCUGUUAAAAUAUAUGAUUUGAGAAGUUUAUAUUCUCAGGUACCAUACUCUGAUAGAAUGAUGACUCGACUAUUACACAAAUUGUUGCUCAGUAAAGCAAAACAAAAGAGUAUGUAUUAAAGCUAGUCAAGGAUUCAAAACUAGUUGAAAUAU